AUGAUCGCUGUGCCAUCAUUGCUGAGUUCUAAACGGGUCGCUCAGGGUGACGUGAUCAGGAACCGUGUUGAUCAUUUGCUCGAAUACGCCUGCACAGGUGGUUUGGAACGUUUCCUUGUCUGCUAUAGCAUGCAUAGUGACGUUGCCGUCAACGCCGAAGAUCCUCUUGUCCGAGUUCAGGGUGUCGUUAUGAUUAAACACCAAGGGAUUGACGCCGUCGUUCUCGAGAUACCCAAGGACCACGGCGGUGUCGAAGGCGGCAGGAGUGUUGUCAAAGCUGACCACGUUCGUAUCGGACGCCUCACCGCCCGUCACGUGUUGAUUUUCGUCUCCAUGAACUCGGCCGAGUGUGUGACCACAGGCUACGAGCGCUAUCAUAUCGCUGUCGUUGAAUCCGGCUCGGUGAAACGUCGUCCUGUGACUUUCCAAAGACUGUUCGGGCUUCGGAACGCCAGGAGGCCCAGCCAUGAUCGCGUCAAUGCGGCCGGCUCGGAAAGGGAUUUUCUGCCCACCACACCCAGCUGCGGCGGCCACCACACUAAGCGCGAGCAGAUCGGCGGCGCUAGCCCUCGGGUUGACAAAGCUAGCCAUGUCGGCAAACGUGCGAUUAAAGGCCCUUCCAAGGUUCUCGUCACGGUCUAG